AUGCUGUUAUCCUCACUGCUCAAAGCAACCAUUUGCCUCAUUUGGCCCGCUUCGGAAUGGACACCAUGUGGACAGAAACCAGCCAGCGCGAUCCCGUCGCUCCUCGAUGCUACACUCGACGAUCUCAGCCACGGUCUGAAUAAUGGAAUUUUCACCAGCGUCGACCUCGUGAACGCUUACAUCGCGCGCAUAGAAGAGACUACACCGACUCUCAACGCCGUCACUGAGAUCAACCCGGAUGCCGUCUCCAUCGCCGAAACUCUGGACCUCAUCCGCCGACAAGGCGGACCGCUCCUCGGCCCUUUACACGGCGUCCCCGUAUUGAUCAAGGACAACAUUGCAACGGCAGAUAAAAUGAACAACACGGCCGGCUCUUACGCUUUGCUGGGUGCUAGAGUCUACGAGGACAGCACCGUCGCCGCCAAGCUCCGGAAAGCGGGGGCGAUUCUGCUCGGCAAGGCACACCUGUCGCAGUGGGCCGAAUGCCGGAGCUCCAAUUCGAGCAAUGGGUGGUCAACGUAUGGUGGUCAGACCCUGGGCGCGUAUUACCCCUUUCAAGAUCCAUCGGGUUCGUCGGGGGGCAGCGGCGUCGCGUCGUCAGUCGGUCUCGCGUGGGCGUCUCUUGGGACUGAGACAGCCGGCUCCAUUCUAUUGCCCAGUGACGUCAAUAACGUCGUAGGUAUCAAGCCCACUCUUGGUCUCACCUCACGGUACCUCGUCGUACCAAUUUCGGAGCACCAAGAUGUUGUUGGACCAAUUGCUCGGACUGUGAAAGAUGCUGCUCAUCUCCUGGGAGCCAUCGCCGGGGCAGAUCCCAACGAUAACUACACGUCGGCAUUCCCUUUCCAGAAGACCCCGGACUACGCCGCGGCAUGCCUGGAAGGAGGACUGUUGGGCAAGAGAUUGGGAAUCCCACGCCAUGUCCUGCACGACUCCCGAGGCGCCCCUCCCUCCAACUACUCCGUGACGGUAUUCGACUCGGCCGUCGACAUUCUCAGGUCCGCCGGUGCGGAGAUCAUCGACAACAUUGUUCUACCAGGAUACAACGUGACCGAGAUCUCACCGCUCCUCACCAAGAGCUUUCACGCAGAUUUCGCCGUUGCCAUAGAAAGGUACUUCGGACAAUUGAAGUACAACCCGUAUAACAUCACCACGCUUCGUGAGCUCCGGGAUUGGACUCAGCACGACCCCCGAGAGCAGUGGCCGGAGAAGAACACGCUCUCGUGGGACAACAACCUGGCAGAAGGUCUACGUAACACAGAUCCGGAAUUUUGGGAUGUCCAUCUCCGGCUUCUGUACCUGACUGGGCCCCAAGGAUACGCUGGAGCUCUCAAGAACCAUUCCCUAGACGCGAUAGUAAUACCGACGGCGUUCGCUGUGAUGAAUGCUGCCAUAUCCGGCACCCCGGUGAUAUCGGUUCCAUUUGGAAGACAUCCGGACAACACUGCAAUUAUCAAAGACAAGACUGGGACGCUCAACGCCGUUGCCCCCAACUUGCCUUUUGGCGUUGGUUUUGCGGGGGCUCCGUUCAGUGAAGAAACACUGAUCAGCAUCGCGUAUGCCUUUGAGCAGAAGGUUCAGGCUCGGAAGGCCAUCAAGCCUUACAUCCAGCCCAAAACCGACUUAGAGGACACAGUCAAACUUAGAGCUGAGGGCGCCGGCCACGAGUAUAUCCCCCUCCCAGAGGGCGAGAACGCAACGGUUGCCGAUUUCCAUUCAAUCCGAACAAAGACAACAGACUCACCUGCCCACUUCACCUCCGGGUUCUAUAAGAUUGUCGCAGGACCCGCUCGUCCCGCACACUACAACUUCGAGGAGACCAAGUACGUUCUCAAUGGUCAGAUUGACAUCUUGGAUGAGGCUACUGGAAUCACCCACCAUCUAGUCCCUGGAGACUUUGCUUUCUUUCACGUCGGAUCUAAGGUCAAGUUCUCUACUAAGUCAGAAGGCCUUGCUUUCUACGCCGUAACCCGGCCCGUUAGAGUUCCCCACCCGAACUUGAAGGGCCGUGAGGAGGAAACAAAGUCCAAGUUGUAA